AUGGAGGCGGUGAAGAAGAAGAUGCUGGCCACGCUGGUGGGGUGCAACUACGCCAGCACGGAGAACGAGCUGCAGGGCUGCAUCAACGACGUCCACGCCAUGCGCGCCGUCCUCCUCGACCCCUUCGGCUUCGCGCCAGGCGACGUCACCGUGCUCACCGACGACCACGAGAGCGGCACCGGCGUGCUCCCGACAGGCUCACAGGCGGCAACGUCAAGCGCGUGCUGGCCGACAUGGUGGCACGCGCGGCGCCCGGGGACGUGCUCUUCUUCCACUUCAGCGGCCACGGCACGCUCAUCCCGCCCAUCAGCGGCCAUGGCGGCCGCGACGACGAGGCCAUCGUGCCCUGCGACUUCAACCUCAUCACAGGUCCGCGUCUACGCACACGUGGACUUCCGGGAGCUGGUGGACCGCGUGCCGCGGGGCGCCACCUUCACCAUGGUGUCCGAGUCGUGCUACAGCGGCGGCCUCAUCGACCAGGAGGAGCAGAUCGGCCCCGACGCCGCCGCUGACCCCGACCUCCACGCCCACGCCGUCCACGCCGGCCGUUUCCUCCCGUACGCCGUGGUGCUCGGCCACCUCCUGUCGGGCGUGGGCGCGUCGCACCACGUCGCCGACCACCUCGUGGCGCUAUUCGGCGACGACGCCAGCUCCAAGUUCCGCUUCCACCGCCACGACCACCACGGCGGCAACAGCAGCGGCGCCGCGCACGCCGACGACGCCGGGAUCCUGCUGAGCAGGUGCCAGAAGGACGAGCUAUCGGUGGACGUGCCAGGGGACGGCAGCAAGCAGGCGCACGGGGCGUUCAGCGGAGCGCUGCAGGUCGUACUGGCGGCGCACCCGGCGCCGAUGAGCAACCGGGAGCUGGUGCUCGGCGGCAGAGAGGUGCUCGGCAAGCGCAGGGGUUCGAGCAGCACCCCUGCCUCUACUGCAGCGACGCUAAUGUCGACGUGUCGUUCCUGGGGCAGCAGGAGACCAAGGCCAAGAGCAACUGAGCAAGGAGGCGGCUGCCAUGCCCCGCUUUCAUGA